AUGGUAAAUUUACAAAAAUCUAGUGUUUCGAAUAACGAACUCUCAUAUGAUCCUAUUAACAGAAAUAAAUAUGAAGCUUGUACAAAAGUAUACAAUUAUAAAUUGUCUGACUUAACUACACACGGAAAACAUGAGAACUUGGAUGAUUUAAUACAGAAUAGAACUAACGAUAUAUAUAAUAAUGAUGAUAGUUUUGUACCUUAUAGUGACUUAAAUAUCAAUAAAAAUUUCAUAAAUACAAAAUAUAAUAAUAAUAAUAAUAAUAAUAAUAAUAAUAAUAAUAAUAAUAGUAAUAGUAAUAAAGAAUGUGAUAAUAAUAAAAUGAAACAACAUAAACCUUUUAGAAGUAAUUCAUGUAACCGUAUUAAUUAUAACAACAAUAAAAUAUAUAUACAUGAAUCUACUAAUAAAUCGAAUUUAGGACAAAAUGAGAGAUAUAUGAUUAAUAAUAAUUGUGACCAAAGUGAAAUGUAUGCACAAGGUGAUGUAAAUAAUAAUAAAUUUAAUAGUGAUAUGUCAUUUCGUAAAAACACUCAACUAGCCAAUAAUUCUGAUGUAUAUGAUAAGAAGUGUGAUGAAGAAUCGAAUUAUAACCAUAACAAUAACAAUAAUAAUAAUGUUGAUAAUGUAAAUUUUUAUUAUAAUUAUGAUAAUACUAAUAAAAAUAAUAUGAACACUGAUAUUUAUAACACAUAUAAUAAUUGUAAUGAUUCAACACAUAGCAGUUAUAAUUAUAAUCAUGAUAAUAAUAAUAAUAAUAUUAAUAAUAAUAAUAAUAAUGAUUAUAAGAUAGAAGCGAAGACUUACAACCAUAUCAAUAAUAUGUCCGAAAAUGAUCAUAUAAUAAAUAAUAAUAGUGAGUUGUCCCACAAUCCUAAGAAUAAUAUACCAAAUUUAAAUUAUCCAAUAAAUAUGGAAAAUAAUAAUGUUGAGCAUGGUGAUGAAUAUAAGACGGAAAAUAAUUUUAAUUAUGUGUCACAUAAUAAUGUAAUAAGAAAAAUUUUAGAAAAUGGUCAUGAAAACUAUAAUCAUAAUAAUAAUGUGAAUAAUGUAAAAAAUGAUAACAUACAUAAUAAUAGUAAUAUUAAUAGUUAUAAUAUUUAUCCUCAUUCUGAUAUAUUAUCUGUCGCACAUGAUGAAUUUACGCACUCUAGUGCUUCGAUAAAUAGAGAAAAAAAUAUGAAACAUACAAUUAUAUUUGAUUAUGUAGAAAAUGAAAAAGAUAAAAAUAUAAAUAAAGAAAAAAAUAAAAAACAAGUGAAUACAUUUGUUCCCAAAUAUAAUAACCUUUCACCUAAAGAAAUUCAUUAUAAUUCUUUAUGUGGUAAUGAUAACAUAACAAUUUUAGAAGCUAACAAAAUUAAAUUAGAUCUCAAUAAAUUAUCAGAAGAAGAUAAAAGAAAAAAAAAUAAUGAAUUACCUGAUCAGUAUCCAUUUCAUUUAUGUAAUGAAUUUAAAAAUGACAUGCAAUCUAAAAAUAAACCUACAUAUGUAGAAAAAAUAUACCCAACAAAUUAUCAUUAUAUAAAUAACUAUAAUAAAAAUAAUGAAGACAUAUCUAUUGAACAGAGAAGAUAUAAUAUGAAUUCUAGUCAUAUAUUUGAUUAUUGUUUGGAUACAAACGAAAAAAAAUUAGAGAAAAAUUCUAUUGAAAAAAAAAAAAUAUGUAUAUAUGAAAUAAAAAAACCUGAACAAAAUAGUAUGGAUAUAGAAAAAGAACAAAAACGAAAAAUAAAUCCAAUGUAUAGUGAUUUGUUCGGAAGGAAAACACCUGAUGUUAAUGAAAAUAUAACGUAUGAAAAAAUUAUACCCACAACUAUUAAUAGUAAUUGGAUAUAUUGUCCUAUAGAUGGAAGGAAAUAUUCUGAUGGAUUAUAUUACAAAUCAUCAGAUAAUUUAGAAAAUAAUAAAAAGGAAAAUUUCCAUAGAAAAUCAUUUUUUAAACACGACGGAUAUGAUAAUACAAAACGUCUUCAAGAUGCUAUAAAAAGAGGAUCAAAAGUUUCUUUACAAGCGCAUUUACAAUCAGCUUUACAAAAUGAUAUGACUACAUAUAUACCUACAGAUUAUCAUAAUGUAGAAGCAAUAUAUUUAUCUUUAAGCAAUUUAAAAGAUUCAGUAACAGAUGAACAAAUAAAAAAACUUAUCAAAAAUAGUGGUGCACAUAUAGUUAGCUAUAUACCUGAAUAUGAUUUGUUUAGUAACAGAAGAAAAAGCAAUGCCAAAUUAUGUAUAAGAUAUAAUAUGGGAAAUAAUGGAUUAAAUUUAUUAUUAAAUAUGUUCGAACAAGUGGAUAUUAAAGUUCAUAUAAUAUAA